AUGGUCCGUGAGAUGGAAAAGGUCAAAAGCUAUCAAUUGGGGCUUGUUAGCUGGGGUUUGAUAACACACUAUAACAACAAGGGUGAUUGCAAUUGGAUGUUCAUUGAUCACAAUCCCGAGUUUGGCCCCGCCGGCACCCCCACUUUUGAAAGCAUGUUUCCUAAUGAAGUCAAGGGUAUUUGUGAAGCAUGGGCGACAUACUGUGAACAUAUUCAAGGUGCACAAUCUACAUUUCCUCAAGGAAUAUCAUAUCUUAUUGAAUGUCCAGUACUCAAAACAGGUGUGUUUGGGGAUGCAAACAAAUACACCACCCGAAAGAAGAAGAAAAUGAAAUUUCAAAUGGACGGUCAAUUCCCCUUGUUGCCGUGUGCCCCGGCGGCCAGUCAUGAAAAGACAGACACAUUACAACUGAUGAUUCGGGAAUUCAUGGCUCUUCAUUAUCAACUUGCUUGCGGGAAAGAGUUAAUAACGACUCCCUGGAGAGCAAUAACAAUUCAUCAAUCUAGAUUGUGGGACUCCGACAUGUGGCCAUCUGGGGUUGUCGUCCAGGACCCCAGCAGAAUUGUUCUUGGGGAUUGCCGGAAGAUUGUGACAUUGUGGAGACAUCGACAAGCACAGGGUGGAGCUUCCCAUACCUUCAGAUUCAACUUCUACAUCCAUUCAGAGGGCCUUCAAGCCGCUGUUUAUCCUACAUUUACACCGGCGGUAAUCUCGCCACCGGCGGCGAUCCCACCAACACCGACUCAGACCCAGGAACACCGGCGGCAUACUUCACGCGGGACGCCGCCGGGCUGCAGUGACGUCACCCCAAUGGCAGCUCCCCUCCCUCAAGUACAAAUUCCAGCUGAUGAGGGUAUGCAUAGCAUGGGACAAACUCUACCAUGUAGGCCGCCAGUGCCAACGCCAGACAGGCCGCCGGGCAACGGUGAAGUGAACCUCUUGCGGCCAGGGGCUGUUGCUGAGGGACAUCUUCCUUCAUUAGAUGAACCUGAAUCUGACCCACCGUUAGAAAAAGGCAAACAGAGGAAGAAGAAAAUGACUCCAUCGACAGGGGAAGACUGCUCGUCUGAUGUGUCUACGGACGAUGGAGGACGUAAAGGCCGAGGAACAAAAACCCUUAGAUUGCAGAGGUCACUCGUGAAUAUGUCACCUGAGCCGGCAUAUGAAAAUCAUCAAUCCCUACCCCCCAGACUUGGCAAAAAGAAAGGAAGAAAGAAAGCAAGGAGGGCACCCGCAGUAGUGAGGAGCACUGAUGAUGAGGCCGGCGGUGAUGAGUCGUUACCCCCAAAAGGAAGAAAGAAAGCAAAGCGGGCACCUGCAGUAGUGAGCGGUGAUGACGAGGCAGUCGGCGGGCCUAAGGCCGCGCCUUUGGCUAGGGGACCCAAGCCUAAGGCGAAGCCCUUGAGGAAGAAUGCCCAAACUGCUCAUUCUGUUGACGAAACACAGGGAGGUCAGCGGGACAGGGACGAUUUGGACUUGGAGGACUUAGAUCAACCUGACACCGGCGGAGGUCACGCCGCACUGGUCAUGGGGAGCACAAACAGCACCGGCGGUGGCAACGCCGCACCUGAAUGGAGCAGAGCCAGGCCUAAACCAAAACCUGUGAAAAAGAAAGCUCAAGCUGACAAUGAAACACAGGCAGAACAGAGGGACAGGGAGGACAGUCUCUUCAUUGUGAGAAAGUCUGGCCGUACGCUCAAGCCCAAGUUCAACUUCGCGCCGCCGGCCCAACUUCGUUUAGAAAAGGAGAGGGAGGCCAGGAAGUAA